AUGUGUUCCUUGAUAAAUCUGUUAAUCUCGUCCCUAUUGUUUUCAACAACAACACUGCUUCUUCUCUCUGCUUCGGAUUGGCCAGGCAAUAUUGUUGGGCAUGGCAAACAUUUUCUGUGCAAUGACAAAAUUGUUCAAUUAAAUGGCAACAUGUUUAUAGCUAAUAAAGAGGUGGACUUGGAUAGAUAUAGAGGAGGUAAUGAGGCUUGUGAUGUUGAGAUUGCUGAGAAUGGAGAUAUGUGA